AUUUUUAAAAGAGUAUCUUUCUCCACAAACCACCAGCUACCUGCACCACCACCAAUAAGAACAAAAAAGUCAAAGAGAGAGAGAGAGAGAAACAGUAGUUUGUGAGUGUCUUUCUGAAAACGAAACGUAAACAACCCGUGUUCUAUCGAACUUAUCGAUCAGUUUUCUUUCAUCCUCCUUCCCUCUUCCCUUCCCCUCACCUCCCCAAACAUGUUUGUGAAUUUGAAAGAGAUUUAAGGGAGGGAAGAUAGGCAAAAAAAUGGCAGACUUUCUUGUUACUUUCCUCCUAAAGUACUUGCCCGCGGUGCUAGAUCAGUACUUUCCCGAUGAACAGAACAUGCAUUCGCAUGGACCCCAAUUCUAUCACCAAAACCUUUCUAAGUCUCCAGGCGUUGAUAAUCGAGUAUCCGAUGCCACUGUUGUCACCACCAGUACCAUCACUUCGGCCACCGCCGUCAAUUCCAGCUCAAAUACCGGUCACCAGAGCCAGGAAGGCCGUGUCUCGAGGCCCAAACGCAAGUCUCCAGGCGUUGAUAAUCAAGUAUCUGAUGCCACUGUUGUCACCACCAGUACCAUCACUUCGGCCACCGCCGUCAAUUCCAGCUCAAAUACCGGUCACCAGAGCCAGGAAGGCCGUGUCUCGAGGCCCAAACACAAGUCUCCAGGCGUUGAUAAUCGAGUAUCCGAUGCCACUGUUGUCACCACCAGUAUCGUCUAUUCCAGCUCAAACACCGGUCACCAAAGCCCGGAAGGCCAUGUCUCGAAGCCCGUACACAGGCGAUCCAAGGCUUCGCGACGAACACCCACCACGUUAUUCAAGGUGGAUAGUACAAAUUUCCGAGCAAUGGUGCAACAAUUCACCGGCUAUCAUGCCUUUGACUCGGGGGAUCAUCUACGGCAACAACAACAGCUAUACCAGCUUCCAGGGCAACAAUUCAUGUAUGAGUAUAUGCCCAAGCCCAGGUACUCCCAAAAGCAGCAAAUUUCUGUGGUGGAGUGGGUGAUGAAGUCGACUCAACCUAUAAGAAGGAGCUCAGACUGAUAAGUAUCUCCGGUAAAGUGAAGGAUGAAGUCAACUCAAUCCUUAGGGAGCUCAGGCUGAUAAAUAUCUUCCUCAAGAACUCGGAGGAGAAACGGCACGAGCAUGAAAUGGUGAAGGAGUUAGUUUGGCAAAUCGGUGAAGUUGCUUACGAGGCUUUGGAUGUUAUCGAUACAUUCAUCCACGACAUCGUAAUACUGGGGACAAAGCAUGUGUUAAGGGAGAUGACCAAUGUUAGGCACGCAAGAAUGCUUCACAAUGUUGCAAAGAAGAUGGAAGAGUUAAACAAAGAAAUCAACAAAAUCUAUGACAACAUGGAAGAGUACGGCAUUGAAAGUGGUGAAGCUAGUGCAGAUGCACAAUACGAACGCAGCAGAGAAGACAUGGUGGGCUUCGAUUUUCACUCCACUACACUGCACAACCGUAAAAGAGAAGAAGUCGAGGAAGAUGACAUAGUGGGUUUCUUUGAUAACUCAACUACAUUGGUGAAGCUGCUUCUUGAAGGAAAUCCACAGCUUGAUGUCGUUUCAAUCAUUGGCAUGGGUGGGUCUGGGAAGACCACUCUUGCCGGGAAAAUCUACAAUAAUGUUGUCAUUCAAAAUCACUUUAAUUGCCGUGCGUGGGUGUGUAUAUCUCAAAAUUUCAGAACCAGAGAUUUGUUACUUGAAAUUUUGAAGUUUGAGAUGCCAAAAUCAAAUGAAUUGACAAGGAAGAAGCUAUUCAAAUACUCAAGUGAGGAUGAACUAAAAAAUAAGCUAUUCAGAUGCUUACAAGGGAGCAGGUACCUAGUAGUCAUGGACAAUAUUUGGAGAAGUGAAGUAUGGGAUGAGAUAAGAUCUGCUUUUCCUGAUGACUCCAAUGGAAGCAGAAUAUUGAUUACUAGCCGAAAGAAAGAAGUGGCUUUACAUGCAAGUCUUACUCCUCCCUACCUUCUCCCAUUUCUUAGCAAAGAUGAAAGUUGGGAACUCUUUGGAAGGAAGGUGUUUCGAGGAGGAACAUGUCCUCCUGAAUUAGAAACUAUGGGGAGACAAAUUGCUGAAGGUUGUCAUGGUUUACCCCUUUCAAUAGUAGUAUUAGCCGGCAUUUUAGCAAACAAGGAGAAGUCAUUCCACAUAUGGUCCAAAUUUGUUGGUCAUGUAACGAGUUUCCUUACUCAUGAAGAUGAUUCAACAAUAUGCCAGAAAAUACUAUCCUUAAGCUACACCAAUUUGCCUCAGCACUUGAAGCCAUGUUUUUUGUAUUUUGGUAUAUACUCAGAAGACUUUGAGAUCCCGAUAAGGCAAUUGAUGCACCUAUGGGUUGCGGAGGGUUUCAUACAGCACAAUUGCCAUAGAUUCUCAGAGGAUGUUGCUGAAAUCUACUUGGAGGAGCUCAUUGAUCGAAGCUUGAUCCAAGUGGCCAGCAGGAGGACAGACGGAGGAGUAAAGACAUGCCGUAUCCAUCAAUUUUUGCGAGAUCUCUGCAUAUUAGAGAGUGCGGAAGAGAAGUUUCUUGAGGUUCGUACACAUGUCAAUCUUUUAUCCACAAACAAAUCCCGCAGACUUUCCAUCCAGGGUAGCCUGGAUCCAGAUGCAUAUAUUUCUUCAAAUCCCUCUCACCCUUCCUGUUCUUUGUUGUUUCAUGGCCAAGAUACAUACGACUUUGACCCAAACCACUGGAAAUGGGUCCUCGAAAACUUCAAGUUGCUUCGAAUGCUUAAUUUUGGGUGUGUAGAUCUCUACUCCAUUCCCACAAGGAUAGAAGAAUUGAUCCAUUUAAGGUAUUUGGGUAUAGAAUCGGAUGCAUUAAAAGCUCUUCCAGCUUCCAUUGGCAACCUUAUAAAUCUAGAAACACUUGAUCUUAGAGGUACUUUUCUGAAUUGUUUGCCAAAAGGAAUAUGGAAGCUGAGACGUUUAAGAAAUUUGUACAUGUCUGGGCCGGUGAGUUUACCAAACCAUUUAGACCCGAACGUUACAACUUUGAACAACCUUCGAGUCUUCUCCACUGUAUCAUUAAACCUAAAAACUGUUUGUCCCAUUACCUCAGGUGCGCUCCCUAAUCUAACGAAAUUAGGAAUAUGGUUUGCAGCUGACGAGAACAACAACGAAGUAGUAGAUGUUUUGAAAUGCCUCCAUGAUUUGAGUAAUCUUCAAACAUUGAAAAUUAUAAAUUGCUUGGAACGUCAUAGUCUGCCGAUUUCAUUUCCAGAGGCAAUCACGAAGAUAACCCUGCGACAUGUGCGUGUAAAAGUCCGCCGAGACAUGAAAGUGCUGGGGAAACUUCUUAAUCUCAAGAUACUGAAACUACAAAGUUGUUUGCUUUCUAGUAAGUUCUACGUCUUUGGAGGCUCAUUUCCUCAACUCCAGGUCCUUCAAUUGGAAAAUUUGAGAAUUAAAAACUGGAAACAGAGAAGAGGCGCAAUGCCAUGCCUCAGACAUUUGGUUAUCAAACGAUGUAUCGAGUUAACCAUGCUCCCUUCAAAAUUACAGAGUUUGACUGUUUUGCAAAAUGUAGAGGUAUUAUGGAGCACUCCAGAAUCAGCAUUGAUGCUUCAAAAAUUACAGACGAAGGUUGGAUUCAAGCUGUUGGUCCAUCCCCUUCCUCACAACCUUGUAACAUGAAUUGCAUGUUGUUAGAAUAUAUAGAAAAUAUAUUUAUCA